GUGUGUGUGAUCCUGACAGGUGGUUUUGUUGCUCAUCUGGACUUCAUGUUCCAAUUUAUCUGAAGCUUCUUCACAUGGACCCUCUCGAACUCCAGCUCCUCAUCACAUCAGGAGACGGCGAGGCCUCAGAACUGUGCUAGAAAAGUGAUCAACCAGACGCACCCCAUGGACACAGGACCCAGGUUGCAAAUGUAGCCUCUUGCAACCUUUGAAACCAUAAAACCAUCAACGCAGAAAUGGAGAACCUAACGAUGGACUCGAAUGAGGCUUUGCCACUGAACUGCAACAUGACCGGCAGCCACAAAUAUAUCUUCACCUUUAUACCAGUCGUCUACGCUUGCAACUUUGUAAUUGGGAUGGUGGGUAACAGUAUGGUGGUGGCUGUUAUCUACCGCUACAUGAAGCUGAACACCAUAGCCAAUGUGUUUGUGUUCAAUUUGGCUGUAUCAGAUCUCACCUUCCUCGUCACGCUGCCCAUGUGGGCCACGUUCACUGCACUGGGCUACCAUUGGCCAUUUGGAAGUUUCCUGUGCAAGGUCAGUGCAGGCAUGGCUACCUUCAACCUCUACACCAGUAUAUUCUUCCUGACGGCACUCAGUGUGGAUCGCUACUUGGCCAUCGUUCACCCAAUGGGCUCACGACGGCGGCGUACACUGCUCUACGCCCGAAUUACCUGCGUGCUAGUGUGGGUAUUCGCCUUUGUUCUGACCAUGCCUACUGCUGUAAGUAGGGACGUCUACAGGGUCAAGGAUCAUCCCGCCAUACUCUGUGGAACCUUGCAGAGCAACAACCAGAUCCAUCUUUUGGUGUCGCUCAGCAUCCUUAAGAGUGUCCUCGGGUUCCUUGUGCCCUUCCUCAUCAUCAUCAUCUGUGACUGCCUGAUGGCUUGCACUUUGCUGAAAGCCAAAGGUUUGCUAAGGAAGAGUGUACGUUCUAGAGAAGAUGAGACCCUGCGGAUGUUAGCUGCUGCCAUCCUGGCCUUCUUCGUAUGCUGGGCUCCUCACCAGCUCUUCCACUUCAUGGAGCUCUUGGUAAUGCUGGAAGUGGUGAAAGACUGCCACGUUCUGGAUGUCAUUGACACAGCCAUGCCCUUCUGCAUAUGCCUGGCUUACUUUAACAGUUGCGUCAACCCCAUUCUUUACAGCUUCGUGGGCCACAACUUUCGCAAGAACCUCCUGAGGUUGCUGCACUGCGAGUCAAGUCCUGUUUUGAGAAAUUCCAGUAUCAGUACCAAGAUGACUAGUCUGUCCACCAGAGCUUCUCAAAUGCUACAUUUGUCCAGUAAGAAAGACUCAGCAUGUCAUGCUAACACAGUGGAAGAACCAAAGACCUAGCGCAAUCAGAUCACUGGGAAGGUCAUCUUUCUUUUUUCAUCUCAUUCUUUGAGUUCAAAGUUUAACAAUUUGCUAAGGCAUGCAUAUUUUACCAUACAAGAAAACUAUAACUGAUUCAUUUCAAAUGAAGUGUAGGUUUUUUCCAUCCUACUGUACUUCAAUCCAGAAAUGAGACAAAAUCAGGCGCUUGCCUUGGGGAAUGGAUGGAAGUCUUUAUUGAAUGUUAAUAGUAUUACACUGAAGGACAGAUGGACUGAGUUGUUUGUGCCUGUUUUCGGUGUCCAUGUUCUGCAACAAAACUUUGCUAGUUCAAUAAUGAAACUGGAGUAUGAGUUUAAACACACACUUUUAAGCGCCAUGCACACUGGCAACAUACAUUGUGAGAAAUGGAAAAUGGUUCAAUGUACUAUGCUUUGGGCAGUUGUGUGUAAAUGGGACAAUGCAUGUUGCUCUGAAUUUUGUAGCUAGUGUUGCCAGAAGUAUGAUUUUCCUGCAAUACUGAACUGCCAGCAUAUGUAACAGAAUAUGAAAUAAUAUGACAUUAAGCAUCAUGUACAAAUGUCUUGGUGGAAAAAAGAAAAAAACAUUUUAGGGAAACUGCAUAUUUCAAUACAGCUUUUCUAUUGUGAUGAAUUUGUCAGAUCUGGCAACCCUGGUCACAGCACAUAAGUCACAUACAUCAGUUCUCCUCACAUCUAAAAACUCCAAGACCUUAAAUAGAGGUUUUGUGACAUCUCCACCUUUCUAAAUGUUUUAUACACUAAAUUGCCAAAAGUAUUUGCUCACCCAUCCAAAUUAUCGGAAUCAGGUGUUCCAAUCACUUCCAUGGCCACAGGUGUAUAAAAUCAAGCACCAAGGCAUGCAGACUGUUUUUACAGUUUGGAGCUGGCCCCUUCCUCUUCCAACAUGACUGUGCACCAGUGCACAAAGCAAGGUCCAUAAAGACAUGGAUGACAGAGUCUGGUGUGGAUGAAUUUGACUGGCCUGCACAGAGUCCUGACCUCAACCCGAUAGAACACCUUUGGGAUGAAUUAGAGCAGAGACUGAGAGCCAGGCCUUCUCGUCCGACAUCAGUGUGUGACCUCACAAGUGCGCUUCUGGAAGAAUGGUCAAAAAUUCCUAUAAACACACUCCUAAACCUUGUGGACAGCCUUCCCAGAAGAGUUGAAGCUGUUCUAGCUGCAAAGGGUGGACCGACGUCAUAUUGAACCCUAUGGAUUAGGAAUGGGAUGUCACUUAAGCUCAUAUGUGAGUCAAGGCAGGUGAGCAAAUACUUUUGGCAAUAUAGUGUAUGUAGCUAUAGUUUACUCAUCAUCAUCAUCUUCUCCCUUGUCCAGCACUGUUGCCACAUCGGGGGUCCAUAUGGACUUUAUUGAUUCACGUCAUAUUAAUUGGAGCAUAGCUUUACGCCAGAUGCACUUCCUGCCUCAACCCUCCCAUUUCUGGGCUUGGAAAACAACCAUUCACACUUAUCAACAAUUUAGAGUAGCCAGUUAACCUAACCACAUGUCUUUGGACUGUGGAGGAAACCCACGCAGACACGGGGAGAACAUGCAAGCUCAACACAGAAAGGCCUCUGUCAGCUACUGGACUCAAACCCAGAACCCUCUUGCUGUGAGGCAACAGUGUUGACCACUUAGACAUUCCCUGGCCUGAGUUCACAACACUGUUUUCAUAACAACUGAGAUAGUCAUUAGACCAGAUAAAGAUGAACAAUAAAAGUCUUAAGAAACUAAAAUGACCUACAUAAACCUUCCUGCGCUCUCGAACACAUCCAUCAAAAGGCUGUCUUGCAUUCCAGUAGAUCCUCUUCUAUUUUUAACACAAGGUUAUGCACGUCCUGCCAAAUGCCAGUCUAUCAGUGUUAUUACUAAUCGUAUUUGGCUAGCCUGUUGGGAAAAGCAAUGUUUGUAACAUCCAAAGACUAGUGCACAUUCUAGAUAUGUAAGCAAGCAGUUGCUUAGUGCGAAGGUUCUCAAAAGUUUUACAGUCAGGGACUGCUUUUACAAAGAAACUCUUCAAAAUAUUUUGGUGUGUUAUUUA